CGCGGACCCAGGCAGAUCGCUGGGUUUGGCCUCUCGAGUCGCUGGUCGGGACCCACGGUAAGCGACUAUGCUGCGCCAGGCGACCAAAAAGCUCAGCGCCGGGCUCAACUUGAGGGCUGCCGCGAACUGGGGCAGCCUGCAGGCCUUCAACCGCGGCAAGGCAUCGGAGUCGAACCACGGGUCUAAUUUGCCAAAGAAGAUGGGCACCACCCAAGUUGGCGACGCAGUCAAGGCGGGCUCGUCGACGCCGAUGCCCACGGACCUGAACGGGGUCCUCGACGCUUCUGCGCAGACCUUGUUCCUGACGGAGAUGUUCCGCGGCAUGUCCCUGGCGAUGAAGUACUUCUGGGAGCCUAAGGUUACGAUCAACUAUCCGUUCGAGAAGGGCCCGCUGAGCCCGCGUUUCCGCGGUGAGCACGCCCUGCGUCGCUACCCCACAGGCGAGGAGCGCUGCAUUGCGUGCAAGCUUUGCGAGGCCAUCUGCCCCGCGCAGGCCAUCACCAUCGAGGCGGAAGAGCGCGAGGACGGCAGUAGGCGCACCACGAGGUACGACAUCGACAUGACCAAGUGCAUCUACUGCGGUUUCUGCCAGGAGGCGUGCCCCGUGGACGCUAUCGUCGAGGGUCCCAACUUUGAGUACGCGACGUACACGCACGAGGAGCUGCUGUACGACAAGGAGAAGUUGUUGGCCAACGGAGAUAAGUGGGAAUUAGAGAUUCAAAAGAACCUGGCGUCCGAGUCCUUGUACCGGUGAGUGGCGGCGUUCCAGUGGUCUCGAUGGACCAUGUAGACCUUUCAUGUACUUGUAAAACGAAAAACUUCUGUUCGCCUC